AGUAGUUGGAUUGCUACAGAGCUCCGAGGAGCAGGGCGCAAGCAGACCAUCAGGCUGUGCAUUUCUUAGCCGGGGACUAAUUUUCAGUCCUCCACUUGGGUCUGGGUAAACAGCACCGCCCCGAUGGUUGUUUGUUUUAAGUGUGGAGCGAUCCAUCGCAGAGCGCCGGGCUCGAUUGACACUGUCUGCUGAUCUGCUACUGCGGAUUGCUCAGAAUAACAAGGCUGCUCGCUAAUUCCCGUCUAUCGGGGCUUUCGCCGAAACACCGAGAGAGUAGGGUCCAAAAAAGAGCCAACAAGGCAGGCAAGAACGCCGCGCCGCCGUUGUCCGCACCCCAGAAUGGCUUCAGGAGACCUUUACGAGGUGGAGCGGAUCGUGGACAAGAGGCGGAACAAGAAGGGUAAGUGGGAGUACCUGAUUAGGUGGAAAGGCUAUGGAAGUAAGGAGGACACCUGGGAGCCGGAACAUCACCUACUGCACUGUGAGGAAUUCAUCGACCAGUUCAACAGUUUGAGACUGCACUCACACAAACGACCCAAAGUCCCAAAAAGUCGCGGGGAGCCCCUCAUCACCGGACACCCGUCUGCAACAGAAAGCUCCAGAGCUCGGUCUGAGGCCCGAAAGAAGAAAAGGACUUGUGGUCCAGCUGUGGGGGUUAGAGUAGGAGGUGUUCUUGGGCUUGGUGGGGGAUCAGGACCGACUCAGAAGCAGAGGAAAGUGGGUGUUGGGCCAGGGAAACAUGCUUUAGGGGACAGAAUGAGCAAAACCAUGACAUACAAAGCUCCACCACCAGGUGGGCCUCACUUUGUUCCUCCAUUGAGGGUUCCUCAUAAUGGACUCCAGAAUGGAGAGAUGGAACCUCUUGUGUACAGGACAGCAGCGAGGUCACACAGACUGCCCUCAGACAGAGGGGAUGGGGAGCUGGGACAUGUGGAUACCACUGGAUCACAGUUCACCACUGAACUAGGCUCCCCUCUAGCCAAUGGAAAGAUGCAUCUGCACAGCUCAGUAAAGCGGAAGCUGGCCGAGGAGAAAGGCUACGUGUUUGACAAGAGGCUCAGGUACAACGUGCGACAGAACGAGAGCAACUGUCGAUUCCGAGACAUUGUGGUCAGGAAGGAGGAGGGCUUCACGCAUGUCCUGCUGUCCAGCCAGACGACAGACAACAACGCUCUGACACCAGAGAUCAUGAAGGAAGUUUGUCGAGCUUUGGGUAAUGCAGCUGCCGAUGACAGUAAAUUAUUACUGCUCAGCUCCGUGGGGACAGUUUUCUGCAGUGGCCUGGAGCCGUCCUACCUGAUAGGGCGUCUGUCCACUGACCGCAGGAAAGAGAGCAGCCGUAUCGCAGACGCUGUACGGGACUUUGUGUUGGCAUUCAUCCACUUCAAGAAGCCUAUUGUGGUGGCAAUAAACGGGCCUGCCCUGGGCUUGGGAGCUUCCAUCCUGCCGCUGUGUGACGUGGUGUGGGCCAGUGAGAGAGCCUGGUUCCAAACUCCCUGUGCCGCCCUCCACCUCACCCCCUCCGGAUGCUCCUCUUACACCUUUCCCCAGAUACUUGGCGUAGCUCUGGCCAAUGAGAUGCUGUUCUGUGGGAGGAAACUCACAGCACAAGAGGCCUGUAGCCGAGGUCUCGUGUCACAGGUCUUCUGGCCAACCACAUUCAACCAAGAAGUGAUGCUGCGUGUGAAGGAAAUGGCAUCAUGUAACGCAGUGGUUUUAGAAGAGUCCAAAUGCCUGGUGAGGAGUAUCCUCAUGUCCGUCCUGGAGGAGGUGAAUGAGAAAGAGUGUCAGAUGCUGAAGCAGCUGUGGUGUUCAACCAAAGGACUCGAGGCACUGUUCAGCUACCUGCACAACAAGACGUAUGAAAAGUGACCAUCCACACCCAAGUUAAAGACGGUCAGUGUGGGUCUGAGGCUACCUACUGAAGGGGCAACCAGGGUGACAAUGCUGUGAUCUCAUACUGCCUUUAGGGCCUUCGUUUCCAUCCAUCAGCAGAGGGGAUUCUCUGGAGUUCUGCUUGCGUACAUCUCUACCAACAAAAUAAAUUCCUUCACGAUCGUGUUUUGUAAAGCAGCUUUUUUUUUUGGACCCUCAGCUGUCCAGAUGUUUUUUCUCCGCAUUUAAGGAGUCAAAGAGCACAGGGCCAAAUGUGCGUUGCUUAAAAGCAGGGAGGGUACAGAGUGUUUCUGUACUUUAGACUUAAUCAUCAGGAUGUGUGAAAUCGAUGUAUGUCUGAGUGCACAUGAUAAAAUGAUAAUAUAUAUGAAUAUAUAUUUAUUUCAAGUGUGUAGAAGAGUCGCUUUCUGUACAUACGAUGCUUUUUUCAGGAUUUUCAUUCAGUUUGCUUAUUCUUGAGUCAAAGUGUCAACCAAAGCUUGCAUGAGGACAGUGUUGCUUGCUCUUUAACUUGCACAUUCCCUCCUCUUUCUGUGUGAAUUAAAGAAAAACCUUCCAGAAAUGCUCAGAUACGGUAGUGGAUCAGAUUUACCAACUGCUCAAAACAUUACUAUUAAAGAUCAUAACACACUGAAACAAAAUCAGCAUAUUUGUUCAUCACACAGUUCAUUCUUCAUACUGUCAAAGUCUUUGCUUUCCAGUUUGUUAUUAUUGUCAAAAUCACAAAAAAAGAAUAAUUCUCCUGGUUAAUGAUGUCAAAAGGAAGUGGUUUUGCUACUAACAGGCAAGGGUACAGUUCACCAUUUAUUUAUACAAAUAAAAUCUGAUUGAGGUCAGAUUUCUUUUCCAGGGAGACUUGUUUGGAUAGAAAUGCCCCUCAGAAGUCAGAAAACCAAGUGAAAAAGAACAACUCUUAAUGUCUUGUGUGAAUACUAGCACUAAAUGUUCAUGACUCAAUGAAAUGACGGCACAUAUUCCAGGGUGGAUUAGUGAGUAACUUUAGCCUUACAUGCAGUACUGUGAUGGUUCAUACGUACAACAUGGCUUCCAGUUAUUAAUACACAUAGUAAUGGUGUGAAAUGUGUAAUUGUUUUUUGUUUAUUUUUGGGGAAUAAGAAAUUCACAUGAUCGUGUUGUUAUUGCCUGACAGCUAUUUCUUAGUUGUGUAUUUUUUAGGGCACACAAAAGAGAUGCUAAUAGCCCGGUCCUCAAGUGUCUUCAACUGUCGUAGAAAUGGAGCAUCUUUGUAGGUGGAGUCAGAUUCGUCCUUAUCUGCAUGUUAUGAUUCAAGAUUUCAAGAAAUUUUCUAUUGCGAUGUGUAUUAUAAUUAGGGAUCUAUUUUGUUUUACCGAAAUGUAAAUGUAUGUAGGUCUGUGUAAAUUGUUUUGUAAAACUUGUCCAUUUUGCAGCUCAGAAUAAUAUAUGUAUAAAUAUAUAUAAUGUAGACUGUUUUCUGUAACUAAUUGCAUGUAAUAUACUGUAUAAAUGUGUUGCCUGUCUGAAUACCUUGUAUUUCGGGGUAUGUUUUGUACCAGCAUUGUAAGUAUUGUUAGAAAUGUUGCCGUUUAUUUUUCUAUUUAUUUGAGAUAACUGUUUGGUUGUGCAGUGCCAUGUGGUUUUCUUUGCUCCAGAGGCACCCUGAAUCUCUUUAACACCUCUUAUAUAAAUUACCCCCAAAAACUCCAAUAAGCAAAAUGGGUCAGGAAAGUAAAUCAUUUACAAAUUUAAUUUUAGAACCAAAAUGGACACACUGUCAUCACUAGUUCACUUUUUGAAUUGCCCAUAUCGUAGUCGUGUUUUGUUGUAAAAUAUUGAAGGCAUGUCAGAUAAUUUAAUAUAUAUUGUGUUUUACUAAAGUUUAUAAGUAUGAACUGAUUGAUAAAAUGACCUUUUGUUGUGUUUGAAAUUGUGGACUUUAACCAUAUUUUACUUUGUUAAUGCACCAUGAGGUUGUCCAAUGGUGUUUUUGUCAUCAGAUUAAUUUGUGGUCGUUGAUUGCUGAGGAUAAAUCACUGUUUAAUGAAGCUAAAUAUAACAAAAAACAACAGAUUUCACUAAACCUCAUGACAAAAAAUACCAUUGUAAUUUCUCUGAAUUUAUAUUUCAGCUCAAAAAAUGGAAAUUGUCAUCAACUUUGUGAACCAAAACGUUAUUAAGCUUAGUCUUACCAUGGAUCCUCAUAUUCGCUCUAUUUUCCCCCACUUAAUAACAGUUACCAUCCUCAGUUUCUGCUUUGCUGUAACGUCCAAGAUAAAUAGAGGAGGACUUGUGUGAUGCAGCUACCGUGAAUGAAAAUCACUCAUUUCCGCUCAGUUAGUCACACUGAUAUUUCAAGACAGGGGUUUUCGUGUAUUUAUUCACCUAUUUAUUUUUGUUUCUAAGAUAUUCUUUUUGGCGUGUCACCUGAGACCGAUGUUGUUUUCAACAGUCGGUUUCUCUUUUAGACUCCAGAUCCAAAUUCCCACCUCAGCAUGUUGUUUUUUGAAGUGUGCUUGAUGAUAAAUUUCAAGUAAAUCAGGUAUGACUUGAACUUGUUUUUUGCUCCAUUAUUUAUUACAAAUGACAGGACUUUAGGUUUUGGCGUCUUUGUUAUUUUUAACCAUGUCUUGUAUGUGUGUGUUUCAUCAUUCAUGGGUUUUGUUUUUCUCUCCCUGCGUUGUCUGAAAGCACACCUUGGGGUGCCUUACAAUUUGAAUAUCUGUACAAGGUCGAUCCAUACGUCGUGAUGGGUAGAGUGAGCUGCUUCAAAUAAAGAAACAGUAACUUCAAAA